CCAUAGUAUGCGCAAACUAUCCGAGCUCGAUAUCUUUGCCUCGCACAUUAAUUGGUUAUGAAAGGAUUCUUGGAUCCCUGUCGCCAAGAUGGUUAUAUCACGACGUCCACCAGAACACUCCCACACCCAACUCUCUUCCCGCCAGCUUACCAUAGACCUCUUCAGGUUUUUACACAGCGCGAUGAUUCUCAGGCCAGACGCCAGGGCGAUGAUGCUACGUCGCAUAAUACGUGCACCUACGUACAGUCAUCCUCCCAUGCUGCCGCUCUCUAUACGAGCAAUGACCCCGUCAUGGCGAGCUGUAUCAAGCAAUAGCAAGAAACCACCUGUGGCGAAAUCGUGCAAGGAAAUCCCGAUUAUCGGAUCCGACGGCAAACCCCUAUUUGAGAGUUUAGGCAUCACUGGUAGACUCAAGAUGGUGGCCCUAGCCAUUUUCGCGGUGCUGGCAACGAUAGAGUCGAUGUUCUGGGUUUCUAUGCUGUGGAAUAAGUAUGGCUGGAGAGAGGAGAAUUAGGUAUAUUUUUCGACAAUUCCACACUUUGUAAUAUAUAUACUCCGCUGUGGUGGGGACAUUGUUCAUCGCAUACAAAUCAACUAUAUAAC